AUGAAUAUAACUGAGGAUACCGAAUUAAACAGUGUCGAAGUUGCUGAACCAAAGAUCAUUGAAAAUGAAAGAAGAAUAGAUGAUUACAAUGAAAUUGAACCGACAACAGAAGAAUUAUCAACAUUGAAACACAUUUCUGAUCGAAUACCAUUGGGAGCUUGGUUAAUUGUCAUUUGUGAAUUAUGUGAACGUUUUGCAUUCUAUGGACUUUCUGGUCUCUUUCAAAAUUAUAUUGAAUUUCCACUACCAAAUGGAACAAAUACUCAACCAGGUGCUCUUGAUCGUGGUCAACAAAUGGCUACGGCAUUGACAAUGUUUUUUCGAUUCUUUGCAUAUGUAACACCGAUCAUUGGUGCCAUUUUAGCUGAUCAAUUAUGGGGUAAAUACAAAACUAUAAUUGUUUCAUGUAUUGUUUAUAUGAUUGGUCUUAUUGUAUUACUUCUAACAAGUAUUCCACCGUCUAUUGAGAAAGGUAUUGCGUUUCCUGGUUUAAUCAUUGCAAUGAUUAUUAUUGGAUUUGGUACUGGUGGGGUGAAAAGUAAUGUAAGUCCACUAAUGGCUGAACAAUAUACAAGAACAAAACCGAUUAUCACUGUUAUUAAGGGUGAAAGGAAAAUUAUCGAUCCAACUGUAACGAUGCAAUCGAUGUUCAAUUGGUUUUAUUGGGCAAUCAAUAUCGGUGCACUUUCGUUGAUUGCUACAACAAAUAUCGAAAAAUAUCAUUCAUUUUGGCUUGCAUUUCUUUUACCUACAGUUGUAUUUAUUGGUGCCAUUGUUGUUUUAUUCUUUGGUCGCAAUAAAUACGUUCAAAAACCUCCGAUGGGUUCAUUAAUCAUUCGUGCUGCUAAAGUAUUGAUGACUGCAAUUCGUAUACGACGGACAAUAGGCAAACAACCUGAUCGUCCAAGUUUGUUGGAUUAUGCCAAAGAUAUACCAUCGUCAAAUAAUGAGAAUGAAUAUGAACAACCAGUGAUUGAUUCAAGCAACAACGCAUUUAUUGAUGAUCUUAAAAAAGCAAUACGUGCAUGUCGUGUUUUUCUUUUCUAUCCAUUCUAUUGGGCUUGUUAUAAUCAAUUUGGAAGCAAUUUGGUAUCUCAAGCAGCACAAAUGAAUGUUGGUCCUUUACCCAAUGAUAUUUUACAAAAUAUUGAUCCAUUAGUUAUAGUUAUUUUCAUUCCAAUCUUUGAUAAAUUGAUCUAUCCAGGUUUACGACGAUGUAAAAUCAAUUUUCCAGCUAUUUCUCGUAUUUUCUGUGGUUUCUUUUGUGUUGCAAUUGGUAUGGGUUGGUCAGCAUUUGUUCAGUAUUUAAUUUAUCAGAAUGAUCCUGAUUGUUAUCUUAUAUCUAAUCCAGAUGAGAAUUGUCCAUUAAAAGCCAAGAUAACUGUGGCUUGGCAAAUUCCAGCGUAUUUCGCUAUUGCUAUUUCGGAAAUUUUUGCCUCUGUAACUGGUCUUGAAUAUGCAUUUACUCAAGCACCAGCAUCAAUGAAAUCCAUUGUCAUGUCACUCUUUCUUUUCACAUCAGCUUUUGGUAGCGUUGUGAACAUUGCAUUGGUACCCGUGUCAGUGGAUCCAAAAAUUUUAUGGAUGUAUGCUGCGUUAGGCAUUCAAGCAUUCGUUCUUGGUAUUGUCUUUUUCGUUAUCUUCCGUAAUGAUCACAAGGUGCACACUGAACAAUCAUCGACGAAAUAA